AUGUCUCUUCCAUCUUUCUUCCAGCAUUUUAUCUAUCUAUCUAUCUAUCUAUCUAUCUAUCUAUCUAUCUAUCUAUCUAUCUAUUCAGAACUAUUGAGCAAGCUUCAUCUUUUCAAAUUCUCAGCUAAGAAAGAAUUUUCUAUCUAUCUAUCUAUCUAUCUAUCUAUCUAUCUAUCUAUCUAUAACUGUCUAUUGAUAUCUAUCUGUUUGUCUCUAUCUCUAAGAAAGAAUUUUCUAUCUAUCUAUCUAUCUAUCUAUCUAUCUAUCUAUCUAUCUAUCUAUCUAUUUCAGUCUGUUCAUUAUCUAUCUAUCUAUCUAUCUAUCUAUCUAUCUGUUGUAGAUUCUUAUUCCUGGUUUUUUUUUAACUUUUUUUCCUUUCGUUUUCUUUUCUUUUCCUUUUUGCUUCUUUUGCUUUUUCCAUCUUCUUCGUUUUCCUCUGUUUUUUUCACUUUCUCCUUCGCUCUUUCUCAUCUUUGUUUUUUAACUUGUUUUUCUUUCUCUUUUUUGUUUUUCUUUUGUUUUUCUCUUUCUCUUUUGCCUUUUCAUUUUGUUUUUCUCUUUUUCAUUUUCUCUUCUACUUUUUCUCACUUUUUCUUCUUUUUCUUUUUCUCUUAUUUUUCUCUUCUUUUAUUUUUCUCUUCUGUUUGUCUUUCUCUUUUUGCUUUUAUCAGCUUUUCUUUUGUAUUUUCUUCUUUUGCUUUUCUUUUCUUUUUCACUCUCUUUUCUUUUAUUUUUCACUCUCUUUUCUCUCCUUUUUCACUCUCUUUUCUUUUCUUUUUCACUCUCUUUUCUUCUCUCUUUUCUUUUAUUUUUCACUCUCUUUUCUCUUCUUUUUCACUCUCUUUUCUUCUCUCUUUUCUUUUAUUUUUCACUCUCUUUUCUCUUCUUUUUCACUCUCUUUUCUUUUAUUUUUCACUCUCUUUUCUCUCCUUUUUCACUCUCUUUUCUUUUCUUUUUCACUCUCUUUUCUUCUCUCUUUUCUUUUCUUUUUUCUUCUCUUUUCUUUUUCUUUUCUUUUUCACUCUCUUUUCUUCUCUCUUUCUUUUAUUUUUCACUCUCUUUCUUUUCUUUUUUCUCUCUUUUCUUUCUUUUCACUCUCUUUUCUUCUCUUUUUCUCUUCUUUUUUUUCACUCUCUUUUCUUUUCUUUUUUACUCUCUUUUCUUCUCUCUUUUCUCUCCUUUUUCACUCUUCUUUUCCACUCUCUUUUCUUUUCUUUUUCACACUCUUUUCUUUUCUUUUUCACUCCCUUUUCUUCUCUCUUUUCUUUUCUUUUUCACUCUCUUUUCUUUUUUUUCACUCUCUUUUCUUCUUUUUUCACUCUCUUUUCUCUUCUUUUUCACUCUCUUUUCUCUUCUUUUUCACUCCCUUUUCUUCUCUCUUUUCUUUUCUUUUUCACUCUCUUUUCUUUUUUUUCACUCUCUUUUCUCUUCUUUUUCACUCUCUUUUCUCUUCUUUUUCACUCUCUUUUCUCUUCUUUUUCACUCCCUUUUCUUCUCUCUUUUCUUUUCUUUUUCACUCUCUUUUCUUUUCUUUUUCACUCUCUUUUCUUUUCUUUUUCACUCUAUUUUCUUUUCUUUUUCACUCUCUUUUCUUUUCUCUUUUCUUUUCUUUUUCACUCUCUUUUCUUUUCUUUUUCAUUCUCUUUUCUCUUCUUUUUCACUCUCUUUUCUUUUCUUUUUCACUCUCUUUUCUUCUCUCUUUUCUCUUCCUUUUCACUCUCUUUUCUCUUCUUUUUCACUCUUUUCUCUUCUUUUUCACUCUUUUCUCUUCUUUUCCACUCUCUUUUCUUUACUUUUUCACUCUCUUUUCUUUUCUUUUUCACUCUCUUUUCUUUUUCACUCUCUUUUCUUCUCUCUUUUCUCUUCUUUUUCACUCUCUUUUCUUCUCUCUUUUCUUUCUUUUCCUCUCUUUUUCUCUCUUUUUUUUCUUUUCACUCUCUUUUCUUUUCUUUUUCACUCUCUUUUCUUCUCUCUUUUCUCUUCUUUUUCACUCUUUUUUCUUCUCUCUUUUCUUUUUCACUCUCUAUUCUCUUCUUUUUUCUUCAGUUUUUUUUUCAACUCUCAUAUCUUCCAACAAGCUUUUUCCAAUCACUUCUUUCAUUUAUCCUCUUUUUUUCAUUCGACUUUUAUUGUCCGUCUUUAGCCAUUUUUUUCCUUUUUUCUUCUUUUUUAUUCAUUUAUUUUUCCCUCCUUCCUUUCUUUAUCUUCAUUCGUCUUAUUUUUCUUUUGCCUUCAUUCAUCCUUUUUACUUCUAUUUUUCUUUUUACUUCAUUCAAUUUCUAUUUUUAUUCCACUUUUUUUCAUUUAUUUUCCUUCAGCUUCUAUUUUGUUUCUUCGUUCAUCUUUCUUCUCUCACACAACUUCUUUUUUCCUUCUUUUUUUCAUCCAUCUUCCUUUUUUUUAUCCUAUUCUUCUUUUUUUUUCAUUCUUAUUUCUUCUCUUUUUCUGGUUCUUUCAAUCAUUAUUUUUCUUUCUUCAUUUAUCAGCAUUAAGUUUCCUUUUUCUUCCUUCAUUUUCAUUCAUCUUAUUUUCUUUCUCCCAUCAUUUAUUGUUUUUCAUUUGGUUUCUAUUUCUCUUCUGCAUUUUAUUUAUUUUCAUUCAGUUUCUCUUUUGUUUCUUCCUUCAAUUUUCUUCAUUCACCUUUUUCUUUCUUUUUUUCCAUUUUCAUUCCUUCAUCCUGUUUUCCUUUAUUUUUUUCUUCUUCUUUCAUUUAUCUAUUUUACUUGCUUUCAUUAA